AUGCCGCCGUCGCUGCCGCCGCACGCCGAGCUGGUCCGCCGCGUCCUGCUCGGGGUUGAGGUGUGCAUUGUCCUCUUGGCAACGAUUCAUUCGGCCCAUGCGACGAUUACCGCCGGUCGUCUGCAGUCGCUGCAGUGUGCCGUGCACGGCGACUGCGCCACGGAGCCGCCGCAAGGCGAAGAGGUUGUGAGUUUGCUAAGCUCCGGCCUGGCACUGGCCAUCCUUUCCGACGUUGUCCUGCUCGCACGCCUCGCCCUGCUGCAGCUGCGGUACUUUCCCCGGUUCGUCGGCCUGCUCUACGACUUGCUCAUGGCGGUGCUCUGGAUCCUCGGGCUGGCGCACCUGGUGCUCGCGAGCGGCGCGGCGGGGACGGCGCGCAACCUCAGCAACGGCGGCGGCCUCGUCGACACGGACGGCGACAGCGUCGUGGUCGACUGCUGGCGCCUGCGCGGGGUCGCUGUGUCCACGGCCGCCGCCUUGUUUUACGGCGGCCGUAUGCUGUGGGAGCUGUUUGCCAUCUUUGCGCACAGCGGGGCGCCAACGACGACCGAGUACCGAUCGAUACAACAGGAUGAGUGGGAGGAAGAGGACCGGGAAAAGGGCCGCGGGGUCGCGGUCGUGCAUGCGCCGCAGGCCUACAGUCCUGUGCUGGCAUUCUUUCCCGACGACGGCUACUGA